AAAAGACCCUUCUCAAGGAGAACAUCGUGUUGUUGGUGAUCCCUUACAAACGUACCCCAAUCAAAUCUAACCAUGUCUGGCCGUGGAAAGGGAGGAAAGGUAAAGGGAAAGGCAAAGUCCCGUUCCAACCGUGCCGGUCUUCAGUUCCCCGUUGGCCGUAUUCAUCGUCUCCUGCGCAAGGGUAACUAUGCCGAGCGCGUCGGUGCCGGAGCACCCGUGUAUCUGGCAGCCGUCAUGGAAUACUUGGCCGCUGAAGUGCUUGAGUUGGCCGGAAACGCUGCCCGUGACAACAAGAAGACGCGCAUCAUCCCGCGUCAUCUGCAGCUGGCCAUCCGCAACGACGAGGAGUUGAACAAGCUGCUGUCCGGAGUAACCAUCGCUCAGGGUGGUGUGCUGCCUAACAUUCAGGCCGUGCUGCUGCCCAAGAAGACCGAAAAGAAGGCUUAAACGGUGUGACAAAGCUUCCUUCAUCUCAAACCCAAAACCGUCCUUUUCAGGGCGACAAAUUACUUUGCCAAAGACAUUUUAUUCGAUUUAUGCUGUUAUGGGAGAACCAGAAGGAAAAAAAAUCCAGAUAUAUCAAGAACCGUGCUUGAAACUGUGUACAAAAUGUAAAUGAAAAAAUGUGCCGUCCUUUGGCACAAAACGCAUCCCUUAAUAUUUUCAAUUCUGUAACCUCUCACUACGAAUUCUACAAAAUGCAGCAUAUCAUAAGCGAUGCAUAAGAUUUUCCAGGUAGCUUGUUCAAGAGGGUUGGUUUUACCAUAUAAAUGCAACCAGUGAUACCUGCGUGUUGACCUUUUUCUGAAAACAGUAAAGGACACUUUUACCUGAUUUAUCGUUAACCACGGGAAAAUGUUGAAAGGGUCGAUUGUCGGAAAAUGUUGUGCGUUUAGGUAGCCUUAGGUUCUCACAAAAGUUUGGCUUUCAAUAUAUCGGGAAACGUUGACAAUGGCUUUAAAAAAGUUGGACCAAAAAUUAGGAAGGUUCAAAUAAACAACCAUACUUAUUAAUGUUUCCCUUCACCCUUCAUCUUAAUCACCAGUUACCCAAAUUUGUGAAGCAUUUUAAAGUGUUUCGUUGUUUGAAACAAUAAAAUGAUUUGCAAUGUAGGAAUGCCUAUAAAAUACAAAGUAUUGAAAUGUCCUAACGCAUAUGCAACUCCACAUUCAAUAACGCCAUCUAGUGGUGAUCAAAGUCCCAGCUACCAGUAGUAACGCCAUCUAAAUAGUUGGUUAAAGUAAGGCUCAGUGAUCUAC